CACAGUUUCAUUUGGAUUCUAUUCGGGAACUACUGACAGUAGUAACGGCGUAAACUACCACGAACCGGCCAUCGCCUUGAACAGUAUCCAUUUGGACAAGACAAUCAGAACCAUGUGUGGGAUCUUUGCCUACCUGAAUUACUGUGUGCCUCGCACCAGAAAGGAGAUAUUUGAGACGCUGGUGAAGGGACUGCGGAGGCUGGAGUACAGAGGCUAUGAUUCAGCAGGCAUCGCUGUGGAUGGCAACAAGAAGACAACGACAGAAGACAACAGCAACAUUGUUCUCAUCAAGAAGAAAGGCAAAGUGAAGGCCCUGGAUGAAGAGCUCUACAAGAAAGACUGCAUGGAUCUGGAGGUGGAGUUGGACACACACUUUGGCAUUGCUCACACACGCUGGGCCACACACGGUGAACCCAGUGCCCUCAACAGCCAUCCCCAGCGCUCCGACAAGAACAACGAGUUUGUUGUCAUCCACAAUGGUAUCAUCACCAACUACAAAGAGUUAAAGAAGUACCUGAUCUCCAAGGGCUACGAGUUUGAGUCUGAGACGGACACAGAGGUCAUCCCUAAACUGAUAAAAUAUGUUUACGACAACCGUGAGAGAGACGACUUGUCCUUCUCUACUCUGGUGGAGAGGGUCAUUCAACAGCUGGAGGGGGCCUUCGCCCUGGUGUUCAAAAGCCAUUAUUUCCCCGGAGAGGCUGUAGCCACCAGGAGAGGAAGUCCUCUUCUCAUUGGUGUGCGGAGCAAGUAUGAGCUUUCCGCAGAGCACAUCCCGAUCCAAUACAACAGUGGUCUGUUCAAGGAGGGGGUCCAGGAUAAGAACAGCCACAACCGGCCAGACAAGCCAAACAACUCCACUGCUGUGAAUUCAGCUGGAGACGACAAGGCUGUGGAGUACUACUUUGCCUCCGACGCCAGUGCCAUCAUAGAGCACACCAACAAGGUGAUCUACCUGGAGGAUGAUGACAUUGCAGCAGUGGUCGGGGGCAAGUUGUCCCUCCAUAGGCUGAACAGCCUGGCAGGGGAGGAUUCAGUUCGGGCAAUCCAGACCCUCCAGAUGGAACUACAGGAGAUCAUGAAAGGUAACUUUGAGGCAUUUAUGCAAAAGGAGAUCUUUGAGCAGCCAGAGUCUGUCUUCAACACCAUGAGGGGGCGGAUCUGUUUUCACACCAACAAAGUGAUCCUGGGAGGGCUGAAGGACCACCUGAAGGAGAUCAAACGCUGCAGACGCCUGAUCAUGAUUGGCUGUGGAACCAGCUUCCACGCUACCGUGGCUACCAGACAGAUUCUGGAGGAGCUGACAGAGCUUCCUGUCAUGGUGGAACUGGCUAGUGACUUCCUGGACCGCAACACACCCGUCUUCAGAGACGACGUCUGCUUCUACAUCAGCCAAUCAGGUGAGACAGCAGACACUCUGAUGGCUCUGAGGUACUGUAAGGAUAGAGGAGCUCUGACCGUGGGGGUCACCAACACAGUGGGCUCCUCCAUCUCCAGAGACACAGACUGCGGGGUGCACAUCAACGCCGGUCCAGAGAUCGGGGUGGCCAGCACCAAGGCCUACACCAGCCAGUUUGUGGCUCUCAUCAUGUUUGGUCUGAUGAUGAGUGAGGACAGGAUCUCCCUGCAGCCGAGGAGGCUGGAGAUCAUCAAUGGACUCAGGAUUCUCCCAGACAUGAUCAAGAAGGUUCUGACUCUGGAUAAUAAGAUCAAGUCCAUAGCAGAUGAGCUAUAUCAGCAGAAGUCUCUGCUGGUCAUGGGACGAGGCUUCAACUACGCCACCUGUCUGGAGGGGGCACUGAAAAUCAAGGAAAUCACCUACAUGCAUUCAGAGGGCAUCCUGGCUGGGGAGCUGAAGCACGGUCCUCUGGCUCUGAUUGACAAGCACAUGCCGGUCAUCAUGAUCAUCAUGAAAGACGCCUGCUACACCAAGUGUCAGAACGCUCUGCAGCAGGUCACAGCCAGAUCGGGGCGGCCGAUUAUCCUGUGUUGCCAGGACGACCAGGAGAUGUCUGAAAAUGCGUAUAAGACCAUUGAGCUGCCUCACACAGUGGACUGUCUCCAGGGCAUCCUCAGUGUCAUCCCUCUGCAGCUCCUGUCCUUCCACCUGGCCGUGCUGCGGGGAUACGACGUGGACUGUCCCAGGAACCUGGCCAAGUCUGUCACUGUGGAGUAAUAGCAGACAGACAGACAGGAGGCAGUAGAGACCAUAACACUGCUUUGCCUCUGUUCAAGAGAGAGACUGAGUGGAGGCGUACACAUCAAAGUGCAAUUGUGUGUGUGUGUGUGUGUGUGUGUGUGUGUGUGUGUGUGUGUGUGUGUGUGUGUGUGUGUGUGUGUGUGUGUGUGUGUGUGUGUGUGUGUGUGUGUGUGUGUGUGUGUGUAAAUCUCACGAGUGUUUGACCAUCUGUCCAAUCAGCAGCAUUAUCACCAAUAAUGUUUCCAAAGCAAGAGACUAUACACUACUGUAUGCACUGUGCCUUGUACCCAAUUGGUGCCUUGUCCACAAACAGUUGAGCCAAAAACACCAAAUGUAGGAAUAAUGCAUUGACUUGGUAGAUUGAAGUGCUUAUAACUGUGCAAUAUGUGAAAAAGUGCAUUGUGAAUGUUUAUGAUAAUAUUCUCUUCAUGUGUAUUGGGCUCUCUGUCCUGUGGCAGUCUAUUAUCUUCACUUUGUAUCUUGGGAAGUGUAGUCUAUUCCAUAGCAUUCCUUUAUACAGAAUAGCCUAUCGAGCCCCACAGUGGAGGUGUCAUAAUAUCCA